AUGACAUACUUUCUCGACUCAGUCACUCUUGAGGAAUUGGAAGGGUAUACGGCGGUGGCCCUCUCAACAAAACUCUUGCAUAGAGUUGUCCUGGCGGAGCGGAAGGGCACCGAUGACGUGUUCGCCAUGAAGAUUCUCAAGAAGGAUGUCAUCCUCCAAGACGACGAUGUGGAGUGCGUAAUGAUGGAGAAACGAGUACUUGCAUUGCAAGAGAAGCCUCCCUUUCUUGUUAAGCUGCAUUCCUGUUUUCAAACAAUGGAUCGACUUUACUUUGUCAUGGAAUAUGCAAACGGUGGUGAUUUAAUGUACCGCAUCCAACAAGAUGGUCGAUUCAAGGAGCCGGUAGCUGUCUUCUACGGCGCUGAAAUUGCAACGGGCCUGUUUUACCUGCAUGCUAAUGGAAUUGUCUACCGGUAA